GUCUGGAGCAGGCCAAACUUGAUUUGCGCCGGGAAGAGAUGAAGCUAAAUCAUGAGUUUAGAAUAAAACAGCUGGAGAGCAAUCCUGUCUCUAUUCAUUCCUUUGAUGUGGCAAGACAGAUGAUGUAGUGGACCAUGGAAAGAUGUCCAAGCCACAUGAUUUUGUACAAGGGAAGAAAUGUAAGAUUUGUAAUUACUGUGGGAAGACUGGCCAUUGGGAGAGAGAGUGUUGGAAGAAGUCACGAGAAAUUAAGGCUAAAUCAGUAGCCUUGGUUUCCACUAAAGUAAGUUUAUCCAAAAAGUUUUCACCUGUAACUGUUUUCCCCAGAAAUGAAAAUAAAGCUUCUUUAAGAAAGUUGGAUGUAAACAGUGGUGAUGGGGCUUUCACUGGAUCGUAUGAUAGUUUUAUGCAUGAAGGUACUGUCUCACUUGAGGGUGGGGAAAAGAAAUCUGUUCAGAUUUUACGGGAUACUGGCGCUUUAAAAUCUCUCAUGUUAAAAGGUUUGGUUGAUUUUGAAAGCCCAGAGAAAAUAGUUGUUCAUGGAGUUGGAGGAUCCAUCUCUGUUACCCCUGUGAGAGUGUACCUUGAGUGUGAAUUCUUUGAGGGUUUUGUGUGUGUAGGCCUGGUGGAUCAAUUGCCUAUGCAUGGUGUUCAUUUCCUGUUGGGAAAUGAUAUAGCGGGCAACAAGGUGAACCCUGUCCCGUUAUUAUCUGAGAAACCUGUAGCUGUGGAAGAAACUAAGCAAUUAGUUGAGGAAGUACCCCAUGUGUUCCCUGCCUGUGCUGUAACAAGGUCCAUGUCAACCAAUAUUAAAGUACCUCAGACUGGGAAUGUAAUCAAUCCUGUCACUACUACUGAUACUGAUGCUGUUAACUUGGCUGAUACCUUUUUUGCCACCAUUGACUCUGUAGAUAGAGUAGCACUAGUUAAUCAAACUGAUAUGUCUAAAGGAUUAAUUGAAUUGCAGCAAGCUGACCCUGAGUUGCAAGACUUAGCUGAAGCUGCUGUGGCUGAAAAUGAGUGUGAUGAACUGUCAGUUUGUUACUAUUUGAAAAGGGGUGUAUUAAUGCGUAAGUGGAGACCCCAUUCGUCCCCAGCAACUGACAGUGAGUGGGUGACAGUACACCAGGUAGUAGUUCCAAAUGUUUAUAGGUAUGAUAUAAUGAAACUUGCUCAUGAUUCUACUUUGGCAGGACAUUUUGGGGUAAGAAAGACCUUAGACCGGAUUUGGCGUAACUUUUAUUGGCCUACAAUUCGCAAAGAUGUUUCCCAUUAUUGCAGAACAUGCCACACAUGCCAAAUGGUCGGUAAGCCUAAUCAACCUCCUGAUAUUGCUCCAUUAAUACCCAUUCCCCCCUUUGAUGCUCCAUUCUCCAGAGUGGUUAUUGAUAUUGUUGGCCCUUUACCUAAAACUGCAACAGGAUAUUCUUAUAUUCUUACUAUCAUGGAUAUGGCUACUAGAUAUCCUGAGGCUGUUCCUCUCAAAAAUACCUCAGCUAAAAUAGUAGUAAGAGAGUUAUUACAGUUCUUCACAAGGUUUGGCUUACCUAAAGAAGUGCAGUCUGACCAGGGAUCAAAUUUUAUGUCCAAAGUUUUCAGACAGUCCCUCCGGGAACUAGGUAUUGAGCAGAUCACUUCCACUGCUUACCAUCCUCAGAGUCAAGGUGCCAUAGAACGUUAUCAUCAAACUCUUAAAAGUAUGAUUACAAAAUUUUGUACAGAAAGUCACAAGGAUUGGGAUAAAGGCUUGCCUUUCUUGCUUUUUGCUACUAGAGAAACACCAAAUGAAUCCUUGGGGUUUUCUCCAUUUGAGUUAAUGUUCACCCACGAGGUGAGAGGACCAUUAAAAUUAUUAAAAGAAGAGUGGCUUGGUAUGGAUGAGAAUGUAGGACUUUUAUCUUAUGUUAGUGACUUUAAAGAGAAGCUGAACCGUAGUUGGAAAAUUGCUAGAGAUAACUUGGUUUCUUCCCAAAAGAAAAUGAAGAAAUGGUACGAUAAGAAAGCGAGAAUGAGGGUGUUCCAGCCAGGUGAUCAGGUGUUGGUUCUGCUUCCCAUACAUGGUCAACCCUUACAGGCAAAAUUUAGUGGUCCAUAUUUGGUAAAGCAGAAGCUGAGUGAUGUUAAUUAUGUUGUUUCCACCCCAGAUAGGAGAAAAUCCAGUCGACUAUGUCACAUAAAUAUGUUAAAACCAUACUACCAGAGGGAUUCACAGAUGCUCCAGUGUGUGCAGUAGCUCUAACACCCACAGAAGAUGAAGAUAAUGCUUGCCCGCCAACAUUGGAGAUGACUGGGACCUGGGAGAAGAACACUAACGCCUGGACCAAGGUAUCAGAUAAGCUCACCCAUCUAACAGCAGAGCGGAGAGAA